CUACCAAAGAGAAUUAUAAUAAAUAUGGAAACCUGUGUGUCUGUCUUCGUGUCCUCAUCCCGGUUAUUUAUUUAGAAAUUGGUAAUAUUUCCCAUUUACGAUAGCUACGACUCUUCUUAAACGAAUUGAGUUUUGAAUACGCGUACUAUUUAUGGUACUUUCUUGUAAUGAUGAGCUUAUAAAUCCUUAUGUGAUCUGCGUGAUCUAUAUAUGUAGUUCGUAGGAAAGAAAGGAAAAUGUCGGUGUCCUCUUCAGUUGUCUGCUUCGAUGUAUAAACUGGUGUUUAUAUAGGAGCAACCGCAGGGUACGGCCUGUUAAGUAAUAUUAUUGAAUACAAGUUUAAAGUCCGGCCGUAUCGCAUACUGAAAGAUGGAUCCCUCAAUAUUUUUGCCGUUCACACCGCCCAAUGGGCUGCCUCAGGAAUCGAAGCUGGUCACUUACAUGAAUCGAUCGACAACAACCCCAACGACAUCUCUGACCCAAGCCCUUGGGAAACUCAGCUUGGAUUCUUCUCCGCCAGCUAUCAAAAAGUUUCCUAUGUUCUAUAACCAGGUGUUGAUCAGCGAGUUUGUCCCGAUGAAUUACUAUGGCGCACCAGCGAUGCUGCCAGAAUCCCCAGACAGCCCAUCACCCUCAACAAUAACAACAUUAUCAAAUACCUCCCAAGUGCAUCAGGAAAAUGUUGGGGGUACAACAUACUUCUAUUCCACCAAUGCAGACAGCUUGAACGCCUCUGUUCUGGCCCCUCCACCGCCAGCCUUAGUCUUCCUGCCACCAGGACCGGAGGCGUGCCUCGGUCCCCCUGGUCUGUCUCCCUACGCGACACAGAUGUACGCGUGCGCCCCUGUGCACAUGGGCCCCAUGAGCUCCAAACCAGGUCUGGCUGCCACAUUCUACAUGCCAGAUACCAUAAGGUCCGAGAUAUACCAACGGAAUGAAGAUGUGUUUCUGCAGGCUGAUCCUCAUCAAUAUCCAGAACUACCAGACAACUUGGAGAAUAUGUACGCUGAACUGAUACCGCUGGAGGACCCGGUGCCGCACGCAAUCGCGACGACUUACCGCGCGGCGCACUGCGAGACCGGCGAGAACUACGCGUUGCGCCGCCUGCACGGCUACACCACGAUGAACACCAAGCGGCUCGACGCUUGGAAACAGAUUGACCACCCCAACGUAGUGCGGCUCGAGGACCACUUCACCACCAAGGCUUUCAAUGAUCACUCCAUGGUACUCGUAUACCAAUACCACCCGUCGUCAAUGACCGUGAUGAACAAGUUUCUGUCGGGCGGGGCCGCCAACACGGCCUCCGAGGCUAACAGCGCCUUCCACGACCCAUUCUCAUCGGACCCUGAUGCACCCCGUCCUUACACUCACCAGAAAAAUGCAAUGCUCCGUGCGGUGGCAUGCGGCGCGCUGUUGCCUGAAGCGGUGCUGUGGAGCAUCCUGGUGCAGCUCACGGCGGCGCUCCGCUCUAUCCACUCCGCUGGACUGGCUUGCAGGAGCUUGGACCCCACUAAAGUGGUGAUGAACGGGUGCCGCGUGCGUAUAUCCUGGUGUGGUGCUAUCGACGCGCUGCACCCUAACGCCGUGGAUAUAACGCAGGCGCAGCAAGACGAUCUGACGGCGCUGGGCCGGCUGGCACUGGCGCUCGCGUGCCGCACCAUCCACUGCGACAACCUGGCCGCGUCCAUGGAUCUCGUCUCUAGGUCUUACUCCGCAGACCUUAAGAACCUGAUACUGUAUCUGUUGUCGUCAUCGGGCGGGCGCCGUUCAGUUACGGAUCUCAUGCCAAUGAUAGGGGCCAGGUUUUACACUCAGGUGGAGGCGCUGGAGAGGCGCGCGGACGCGUUCGAGGAUCAGCUCGCGAUGGAGAUCGACAACGGGCGACUGUUGCGCGUGCUCAUAAAGCUGGGCGUCGUCAACGAACGCCCCGAACCUCCCAAAAAGGAUACGUACUACUCGGCGCAGCAGCGAUCGACGAACAUGACUCCCGCGGUCCACCCCCCCGCUACGACAACUAGCCACUCCCAGUUGAACAUGGACGCGUCGUGGUCGGAGACCGGGAACCGCUAUAUGCUGAAGUUGUUCCGCGACUACCUGUUCCACUCGGUGACGGAGGAGGGCAGACCCUGGGUGGACCAGGCGCAUCUCACCUACUGCCUCAAUCAACUUGACGGCGGGAGUGCUAAUAAGGUGGAGUUGAUGUCGCGCGACGAACAGAGCGUGCUUGUGGUGUCGUACGCGGAGCUGAAGCACUGUCUCGAGCAGGCUUUCGACGAGGUGAUGCAGGCCGCCGAUCCGCCCGCAUAGCCCACGGAAGACGAGGAGUCCAACGCGUACGGCCACUCCCCGCAGUGAACUACCACCGCGCGCACCACCGACGACACCACAACAAAAGUCUAAAACACAUUUUAAACAAUAAGCUCGUAUUAGCUUAUCCAAACAACAUCUAGUGCGCGUUCAAUAUUCAAUACUAAGUGUUUUAGUGAUGUGAACGCCUUCCCUGUGGGUUUUGUGCGUACGUACACUUAUAAACGCAGUUAUAGCAGUCGCGAGUGACUGACAAUUGUGAUGUAGAUGCCGCGCCGGCAUGUGUUCAAUCGUUAUCUGUCGAAAUGAACUAUUUAUAAGUGCACUGUUAUUCUAUACGUAAACGUAUUAAUUGAUGGCACGGAUGGCGAUCGGACAUUUUACAUUUUAUGCACAACCAUAUUUUAUAACAACAUAUAUCUGUAAGGAUAUCAUUGACUACCUCGCGCGCUUCACUUAUAUCGAAAAUCCGCGUCACUGUACAAUAUAUGACGCCGCCCGGACCAGAAGCUGCGCGUAAGCCGCUAAAGGUUGGUAAUCAGAACUGAAUUGUAAUGCGAUCUCAAUUUAUAGAGCGGCCGGUGACAAUACCGCCGUCGCCACGUUACAAAUAGUUCUACUUAUUAAACAUAAACUUAUUUCAAGAAUUUCGGGUGAAAAUUCAUCAGUGAAUUUGAUUAUCACCCACUUAAAGCUUUAAGUGUCCAAUUGUAGUUGUAUAAUAGUGUUUCAUAGAAGUACUGUUACGAACAGAGAAGAGUCCAGUAACAAUCGGUCGUAGUGUCGGUAGAACCAACAGUCGCUCCCGUCUGGGAUCUGAUACCGGAAUCCCCGGCGUCACAUCUGAGCCUGAAUCAUCACAUCGCAUAUAGUUUCUACAUACUUCGUCCAGGCAAUCAUCCUCUGCCUAAUGGUACUCCUGGUGGAGCUGAUACAAUGGCGGUCAGUCGCAGGCGCAGGUUCUGGCUAUUGGCAGCACUGAAGUACUGGCAUACGUCUAGCUUCUGGCGCUCUCCGCCACCGGCGGCUUAUACAUAUACAAGAACGCAGUAAAAAUCGUGCGCUUGUGAUACCUAACCAUGAACAACCAUUGAAUUUGUUGCUGGGAGACUUACUGAGGUUUGGCUUGCUACUGUGCCUUUCGUGCAUGAGCGACUGCAUCAAAGACAUCACGCUUAUCAAACUUGGGUGGAUAGUGCUCUUCUCGAUUUAGAAAGCGUACGCGAUGAACAAGGCGCAAGCGGACGCGAACCUUGAACUUACUCACGCUAACAUUAAUGACAUUUUAUCCAAGGCGCGAGCAACCAUGCCGCUGAACCGGCAAGUGUAGAGCGACAAGGAGCAGUAGGCGUACCUCCUCGCUGUUUGUUAUAAUUAUAUUUAUACUGUUCCAUUAAAUACAACCCUUUACGUGUAAAUCUUUAUCAAAACGAAUCAUGCGGCGAUUAUUGUAUUACAUUUUGAAUUUUUUAAUUAUAAGAACUAUCUAAACAGCCGCCAGAACAAGCGCCACAAACAUUCCAAACUAACAAGUAUUAAUUGCGAUCAAACAGCUGUGAAUUCCGAAACGAACAAUUGUUGCGACCGCCCGUAUUUACCGGUCGACAACGUUUAGCGUACAUCAGUUAUUGAAGUGAGCGAGUGUGACGACGCAGCUACUGUGCCGCGGAUAGUUCCACGUUGGAAGUUAAUUUAUACGACAGUGGGCCUUUCUUUGCGGCCUUGUAAGUACGCUCCAAGUUGCUGGCCUAUUAAUUGCGUCACGUAGAUCUGAAUUUGUAUAACACGUGUGUGGGUCGCAUACGGCUCAUUGGUUCACCCUCAUAAUUAACUAUCUGGGGUGCUCUGACAGAAAAAUCGCGAUGGCCGCGCCACACCUGCAAAAUAGUUAUUAUUGCAAUUUCUUUUCCUCGUCUAUUUUCUUGCCACAAUCUGCCUUGAUUUUGCAUGAAUUAUGAGUUAUAAUUUAAUAAAAUAUUUUAGUAGUAUAAAGAAAAUGAUUUUUUUGGUAAUAAUGGUUAUUAUUAUAUCAUUUAAAAAAAGAUUCUUGUACAUUGUUUUGUGCAUGACAAACAACACUAGUCCUCGUAAUACGCAAAAUAUUAAUUUGAUGGCAUUACUGUUUAUAUUGCAAUAAAUUCGUUCAAGCAAAGGUAAUUUAUUUUUCGGAUGUCAUUAUCGUACCGUAAGCAACUGCGACCAAUGAUUCUUUAAGUUACCUUUACACGAAAGGCAGUGUUUUAAAUGAAAUAAUCAUGGGAACCUGAUUUUAUAGUAAUAUUUAUUGUUAUUUUAACUAAGAUAUUCCGUUUAUGAUGUUACAAAUUCCGAUCUAUGUAUAGAUGGACACUUGAUAAAUCCAUGAAUGGAAUAUUUUGAGAUAUUAUUGUAAGUGUAUAUUUUUUUUUUAUAAAUAAAUAUUUCAAAUCUUACUA